CUUCCCCCCACAUUCAUGAAUGCACAAGUCAAAUCCCAGAUCGACAGCGCUGCAACAGAAAUGCACGAUGGUUUCUUAGAAUUGUAUAUUGUUAAAAUUACCAAAAUGCCCCUAACACACCCAUAAGCAGAGCUUUCUCCUUUCCUGCUCCCUGCUCCUCCUCCAUCUCCUCCUCCACCCCCGUCCCUGUGUGUUGUCACUUUCGUUUGUACAUCUUGUAUGUGCGGAGUCACAAUUCACAAACCCCACCUUGCAAACUCCUUCUGUCACAUUAUCAAAUAAUUUCGUUUUCACCAAACCCCAAAUUCCCCCUCCCCAUCUCCUCUCUCUAUUUUUCUUUACUGUCAUGUCUCCUCCCUAAAAUCCAAAACCCAUAACCAAGAACUGAGCUAUCUAUCUCCUCCUGCCUCCUCUUAUAUCUUUUCCAACCGUGUCCUCUUCUUUUGUAACCCAACAGGAGUUUUUUUCAAGAAACGGAUACCAUUCUCUCUCCGUAUUUUUCAUUAAUUUCCCCGGUAUAUUCAUAGUCACGAUUAAGGAAAACAACAAAAGGAUAUCACGAAGAGGAUCGAUGCUCCUAUUUUCUUGCUGACUUUUUCUUCUUCUUCUUCAACAGUAUCAACUAGAAAGCACCUAGAGUCGCCUCUCUCUCUCUCUCUCUCCCUCUAUAAUAUAUAUAUAUAUAUAUAUCUUUUUAACUAUCAGUGGGUCGCCAUAGCUGGAGUUUGAAGAGCUAGAAAAGCUGAGAAAAAACCAAGUUCGUUUAUAGAUGGGUGGGCGGGAUAAGCUAAUUAUCUUGCUGAUGAGUUUAUUCUGUGCGGCGCAGCUGCCAAUUUCGACUUCAGAUCCGAGCGACGAGGCAUGUUUAACCCACCUGAGGGAGUCUCUAGAAGACCCACUAAACAAUCUUCAGAACUGGACUAAGUCAAUCUUCGCCAAUCCUUGCAGCGGCUUCACCUCCUACCUCCCAGGCGCAACCUGCAACAAUGGCCGCAUCUACAAGCUUUCCCUCACCAACCUCUCUCUUCAAGGUUCAAUCUCUCCUUACCUCUCCAACUGCACCAAUCUGCAGACCCUCGACCUCUCUUCCAACUCCAUCACCGGACCCAUCCCCGCUGAGUUACAGUCCCUCGUCAAUCUCGCCGUCCUCAACCUUUCGUCCAAUCGGCUCGAAAGCGAGAUCCCCCCGCAGCUCACAAUGUGUGCGUACCUCAACGUGAUUGAUCUCCACGACAAUUUGCUUACCGGGCAAAUACCGCAGCAAUUGGGUUUGCUCUCGAGAUUGUCCGCUUUCGAUGUGUCGAACAACAAGCUGUCAGGGCAAAUCCCGGCGUCUCUGGCGAACAGGAGCGGGGGCUUGCCGAGGUUCAAUUCGACGUCGUUUGAAGGGAACAAGGAUCUUUACGGCUACCCUUUGCCGCCACUGAAAACCAAAGGGUUGUCCGUUCUGGCCAUUGUUGGGAUCGGAUUGGGAAGUGGGCUUGCGAGCUUGGUGCUCAGCUUCACCGGAGUUUGCAUCUGGUUGAAAAUCACUGAGCAGAAGAUGGCUGCCGAAGAAGGCAAGAUCAGUCAGCUCAUGCCUGAUUAUUAAGCCUCAUUGCUACCUAAAUUAAUUUCCAACCACGGGUCAAUUCCAGGUUAUUAAAGGUGAUCUUAAUCUUAAAUCAAGAAAAUUGAAAUUCAAUCAGGUAUGCAGUUUCUUUCCUCAGGGUGUGAUCUAAUCUUCGAUUUUCUUUUUUCUCCUUAAUGAUUUUUAGAGGGAUUUUCCCCUUUCUUUCCCUUUCUUCUUUUCUUUUUCUUAAAUUUAAAUUUAUUCCCAACAAUCAACAGUGUAAAAACCAGAUUCAAACACGAGAAAAAGCUUCAGUAAAAAUCAGUGCACUCCUUGUUCUCCCGGUCUGUUUCUCUCAAC